CACACUCUGUUCUGUAGUGUUCAUACUUCGUUAGUAUCUUCUCGACGCUCAUCAGUCAUAAAUCAAUUCACUUCUCUGCUGCUCAACCACCAUGGAAUUCCCUUUCGGCCACCACUCUCACCACCACCACCGGAGAGACGAUGAUGAGGACGAAAGAAGAGAAUACUACCCACCACCAGAUUCUGCUCCACCACCACCAGCCCCAUAUCUAACAGAUGAUCAAUAUGCACCGCCGCCGCCGCCCCCCUAUUAUCAAGAAACUCCAUAUCCACCUCCACCGUUUUCUAGACCCCAUUAUGAAGAAAAUGAGUAUGCACGUCCACCACCACCCGGAAUUCAAGAAACCCACGUGUAUCACACAUCUCACAAUCAAGAACUUGACUCCCCUCUUGAUUAUCCACCACCAAUCCAAGUGACCCAUGUUUCUCAUGAAAGAAUUGAGGAUGAGAGUGAAACGCACCAUUCUUUUAGACCCCAUUUGCCAUCUUUUAUUCAGCAACACAUUCAUCACUCUGGCACUGCUCCUGGGCUUGACCUUUCUAAUAAACCUACCUAUAAGGUUUAUAGCAAGGCUGACCCUAAUUAUCACCUUACGAUCAGGGAGGGGAAAGUGAUCCUAGCACGGACCGAUCCUUCUGAUGACUUUCAAAACUGGUACAAAGAUGAGAAGUACAGCACAAGAGUGAAGGAUGAGGAAGGUUUUCCCUGCUUUGCUUUAGUUAAUAAAGCCACUGGUCAGGCCAUGAAGCAUUCCAUUGGAGACACUCAUCCUGUGCAGCUGGUUCCUUAUAAUCCAGAUGUGCUUGAUGAGUCCAUUCUAUGGACUGAAGGCAGGGAUUUAGGUGAUGGCUUCAGAGCUGUGAGGAUGGUGAACAACAUUCACCUUAAUGUGGAUGCUUUCCAUGGUGAUAAGCAUUCUGGUGGUGUCCGUGAUGGUACUAUUAUUGUGCUCUGGAAAUGGAACAAAGGAGAUAACCAGCGAUGGAGGAUCACUCCACACUGAAUAUUAUAUUUUGUGAGUGCUGCAAUUUCUAGCAGCUAUAUCAGAUUUGCUAAGUGUUGGUUGGGAGGAAUAAGGAAUGUUAUCAGAUUUGCUAAGUGAGGUUUUGUUUUCUUUAAAAUUUGAAAAACUGUUGUGUGGCUAAGACUAUAGUACUGCUACUUCUGCUAUAUGUUAUAUUUAUGUGCAACUAUGUCUAAUAUGUGAACUGUUGUAAACAUAUAUAUGCUUGUAUAGUUGCUAUGAACUUUAUAUAUGAUAUAUGUUAUUAUUAUUAUUGUUA